AUGGGGAUGUCUGAAAGUAUCAAGGUUAUUGUCUCUCUCUUUCUUGUGGUGUUAUUGGCUCUUGCAGCAACCCAGACAGAGUCAAGAUACAUAAAUUAUCAUGCCCUUCAUGGAGAUCACAGUUUGAUUUGUGAUAAAGCGCACCCAAACACCUGCAAGAAGGAAGAAGCCAAUCCUUAUACCAGAGGAUGCGAGACAAUCGAUCGUUGUCGUGGUCAAUCUCUAGGCCCAAAAAUGUGAAUCGACCAAGUAGCGUACCACCCUUGGUUAAUUUUACAAAUGAUAUCUCCAUAUUAAUAUCAGAUGAUUAAUUUCAUUCAUUAUUUAUUUAUAAUCUGUAUUGGUUUGUAACUGAUUGUUACCCUAUCAUUUAUGAUAUAAAACAAAUAUAUUUAUGUUA